GCGAUCCGUGUCAGUUCGAGACAGAUAAGGUUCUCGGGAAGAGCGACCUAGACCGAGGAGUUUAUCAGUGGAAACGCGAUUAAAACAGCGUCACGGCGGGUUCUGGGCUUUUCCACGGACCCGAGGAGGAACUACGGUAGCGUUUGCGGGGUUUUUUACAGUGUUCUGAGGAUUCUAAAGCGAUAAAAAAGCUCCGAAAAUGGCUGUAACCGAAGCUGGAUGCGACCUAACUUACUGCAAGAUGCGGGGGAUCGUUGCCGUGUUGGCAGCUUUUAUCAAAGAGAGGAAGAUGGGACUGAACGACUUUAUACAGAAGCUGGUCUCCACUCCACACAUCUGCCAACAUGUGGAGGUGAAUAACUUCUUGAAGAUCGACGAGAACCAGAAUGAGGAAAUGGAGCGAGGCGAACUUCCUGAUCCGAGGUACCUCGCCUCACGCAGCUCCCUGGCCGAAGAGACACAGAUCAAACCGUGUGAUUUUGACUACCUCAAAAUCAUCGGGAAAGGCAGCUUUGGAAAGGUUCUUCUGGCUCGACACAAAGAAUCCACCAAAUAUUACGCCGUCAAAGUCCUGCAAAAGAAGAUUAUUCUCAAGAAGAAAGAGCAAAAGCACAUCAUGGCCGAGCGCAGCGUCCUCAUGAAGAACAUCAAACACCCAUUCCUCGUGGGACUGCACUACUCAUUCCAAACCACGGACAAACUUUACUUUGUCCUGGACUACGUCAACGGAGGAGAGUUGUUUUACCACCUUCAGAGGGAGAGAAUCUUCUUGGAGCCCAGAGCUCGGUUUUAUGCGGCUGAGAUCGCCUCUGCGCUGGGCUACCUGCACUCCCUGCACAUCGUCUACAGGGACCUGAAGCCAGAGAACAUCCUGCUGGACUCUCAGGGACACAUCGUUCUGACCGACUUUGGUUUGUGUAAAGAAGGACUGGAGCCCAACGGGACCACCUCCACCUUUUGUGGGACUCCAGAGUACUUGGCUCCAGAGGUGCUGCAGAAACAGGCGUACGACCGCACGGUGGACUGGUGGUGUCUGGGCUCUGUGCUCUAUGAGAUGCUCUAUGGACUGCCUCCGUUCUACAGCAGGAACACGGCUGAGAUGUACAACAACAUCCUGCACAAAUCUCCAGUCCUGAAGCCCAACGUGUCCAACGCAGGACGAGACCUUCUGGAAGGACUUCUGCAGAAGGAACGCAGCAAGAGGCUGGGCUCCAAGGAUGACUUUUUGGAGCUGAAGUACCACUCGUUCUUCUCACCCAUAAACUGGGACGACCUCAUGGCCAAAAAGAUCACGCCCCCAUUUCUGCCCUCUGUGUCUGGCCCCACAGACCUGCAGCACUUUGACCCAGAGUUCACCCACCUCCCUGUGUCUUCAUCCCUGAGCACGGACACUCUGCACCUGACCAGCUCUGUGCGGGAGGCAGCCGGAGCCUUCCCCGGAUUCUCGUACGGACCACCGGAGGGCCACACCUUUGAGCACUCCCACUUUGUCUGAAAUAAAAACACAACUUUUCAAAGACUCUAUCGAAAAACUGCUUCAAAACUAGAACAUGAACAAAAGACUGAAGUGUACGGCCCGGAACGAUUUUGGGACCAAUUUCAACCGCUCCAGAUUUUUACAACGAGGAGAUGUGAUUUCAAAAAGACAAUUUAUUAUUUUGAAAAGAGUGAUUCCACCAAGCAGCAUGGACAAGGCUCAGGCUCAGUUUCAGAAGGCAAAUCUUCAUCAGUUUGGAUUUGAAUUUAACAAAAAGCACACGAAUCAGAAAGUUUGCUCCCAUGCAUAUUAUUAUCUUACAAUUCUGAUCAGAAAAUCCAUUGGCAAUGAUUGGCCAUUCCCUUUUUGACACAUAAAAACAAACAAAUCAAUCAAUUAAUGAAAUAAAAUGAUAUACCCUGAAAUGCUGUUUGGUGGAAAAAACACCUCUUUAAACAGUUUAUCUCUGGAUAUCACUUUUCUUUAUGUUAAACUCCUGAUUUCACUCUCUCUUUUUCUCACUCUUUUUCUUCUUUUCUUCCUCUCUUCCUCCCUCUCUUUCUCUCUUUCUCUGUGCCAACUGCAGCAGCUGUUCAAGUUUAAACUAAAGAAUCAAAAGGAAAGUGCCUCGAGUUCUGAAGGCAGUUCAUACAGACAAGAGUUUGGAAAGUUUCGACUCAAAUAUCGACUUAUCAUCAAAAGUUUGUGGCGAUCCAAGGGCCUUUUCUUGCACCGAGUUUGAAAUGUUUUGUUUUUGCACUCGCAGAAAAAUGAAUCGUGUGGUUUCUGUUACAGCUGCUUCUAUCUGCUUUAAAGAGGAUUUCAAGAUUAUGCAAAUUUGACGUUUUGGAGCUUUCUAACGUGUUAUAACAUUGUUCCCUCAUCUUAAACAUGCAUGGAUCUAAAAACUCUUCAGGCAUGUUUGUGUUAAGUUAAAAAAAAAAGUAAAAUAUCCUCUCUUUAAAGCUAAACCCUGAACUAAAACGAAUGGACAAAUUAUAUAGAUUGUUAUAUUUACUCCAAAAUCAUCAUUAUUACUUAACUUAAUUUCCUUUCAAAAUAUUUUCUACUGGUCUAAAAAGUUGUGUUUCUAUCAAAAAAUACAAUAAAAAACAAUACUUGAAGCUACAUUUUGCACUGUGUGGCAAAGAGGUUUAAGAUUUACUUGAAAAUAUAUUCUAAUCUGGUGCAAAAUAUUCUAUACAUUUUUCUGUGUACAAUUCUAUAUCAAAUUGCGACGUUUAAAUACAAAAAUAAGUACAAAAGUGUAAGUUUAUUGAAAUUAUGUUACAAAAUUUGGCCGUUUUUUAUUACACAACUUGUAUCUGUACAUUCAUAUCUGUUUUAUAAUAAUACUUGAUGUUAAGCUUGGACCAACACAGCGCUGCUUUUCCUGCUGUUUUUUUUUUUCCUCACAGAUCGAUCAAACUUUUAACAAUGGUACUGUGUAGAAAUAUCGACGUUUGCUUUAACUUUAAUGUACAGAACGUAAUGAACCAGCAAUAAUAACGACAGUAGCACAAGCUGUAUGCAUUUCACUGACCGCUGUUAAAAUAUACGAAUCGAGAAACAGGUUAUUUUUGUAUUGCAUCAUGUCGUAGAGAGGAUCCGUGAUGUUUCGUGCCUGUCGGAGGAUGUGCGUAUCUGGUUUUCCUUGAUGUAACGAAUUCCUUUAAAGUCUUGUGUUGUUUAAAGAUGCAAUCUGCCAUUUUGUGUGGUAAAAAGAUGCUAAAAAUGUGAUUUAAUAUGGGAGAAAAAGACAGGUGGAAGUAAUCAAAUUGAAAAAAAAAUUAAAAAUCCAAACAAAAAUUAUUACAAGAAAAAAAAAAGUUUGGAUAAAUAGAAUAUAAUUUUAAAGCUUUGGAAAUUUCUGUGUAAUCUAAUUUAACAUUUUAUCCAAAUCCUGAUUAUAUUGCAUGAAAUUAUAAUAUAAAAAAAAAGAAAAAAAUCUCCCAACUGUCUGCUCCUCCAACACCCAAAUUUUAGAAACUUUCACUGCAUCUACACAUUUUAUCUUUACUCAAAAUGGUGGACUGUCGCUUUAAGAAAUGGUGAAUCCUGAUGAACCACUAGGGGGCGCAGUCACUAAACGUCUGUGUUGAAUGCUGCGAGAGAGUGCAAUAAAAUAAUAUAUAUAUACGUUUAACUAUAGCUUGUAAUAUAUAAUGAAAAUAUUAAUUAUGAAAUGCGAAAUCUGACCCCGUGUUUAAACGUUUUUAGGUUUUUAAACGUUGACGCCUGCUGAUGAACUACGCACAGUUUUCUUCCAGAUUUUUUUGGGAGGGUCUUGAAAAUAUUAUUGUAUUUUUGUUUAUUUAUUUCCUUCGAUUUUGUGUAAAUGAGUUGACAUGAUCAUCGGAAAUAUCUGUAAAGUCUGUGUCAGGAAUGGUGAAAAAUAAAAAAGUCUAAACAUGAA